UACUGGUCACACUGCCGCGUUUUUGUUUGGAUUUGGAAUGCGAAUUGGGGCUUGAAUUUCCUUGCGGCCCCAUCCUGUGUCAUUUUUGGAACGUCGGACAGCAGGAAACAACGGUCACAAGUCAUGCAACGUUCGCGGGCCAGCAGUACGAGCAGUGGACGCCAGCCGGCUCCUUCGAAUCCCCAUCCCCCGCAUCAAGCACAGCCCCUAGAGGCGCCUAAGAUCAUAGUGAUUCACCCCGGAUCCCAGCACCUGAGGAUCGGAAGGGCUUCUGACCUCAAUCCGCAGACCCUGCUCCAUGCAGUGGCCUAUAGGCGGCGGCAGCUGGAGGGCGACUGGCCGCACCACGAUCCUCUGCUGCCGCCGCUGGAUAACAUCAAUCCCGCCCGGCUGCAAGUCGAGUUCGAAGAGCAGCGACUGGCCGUUUCGCGUAUCCUUCAGCACUGCGUCGUAGACGAACAGAAUCGCCUGCGGGUGGCCACUCCGCCGCAGCAGUUGGCUCACUUCAAUCGGAGCAGCCAGGCCGAGAAGAUACCACCGCCGAGCGGGGUGCCUGAGGAGCGCCCUUGGCUGGAUCGCGAUGCGCAAAGCAUCUUCGACGAGCAGAUACUCAGGCUGAGCGCCUUCGAUGCCCGCGAGUACGACAUCCACUUUCCCGUGCAGCGGGGCGAGCUGAACGUUCACAAAGAGAAGGGUGGCUCGCUGCAGGCUACUCUCCAACACCUGGAGCGGAUCUGGGCGUAUGCGCUUGAGGUACGCUUGAAAAUUGCACUUCGCGACCUGGGGACUCACUGCGCCGUGCUCGUGGUAAACGAUGUGUACGUGCGGAGGUAUUUGCGAGAGUUUAUGACGCUACUGCUUCAAAGGCUCGGCUUUCAGCGCUGUUUUCUGGUCCAGGAUAGCGUGGCAUCGACGUACGGCGCGGGAGUUGGCUACGGCUGCGUGGUGGACAUCGGCGCCCAAAAGACAUCAAUUGCCUGCAUCGAGGAUGGAAUUUCCCAAUUGGAUGCCCGUGUGAGGCUUCACUACGGAGGCGGAGAUAUCGAUCAGGUCCUCCUGAUGCUGCUGCGGAAGUGUGGCUUUCCCUACCGGGAGUGUAAUGUUCAGGACAGCUAUGUGGAUGCCCACCUGAUGGACGAGCUGAAGGAGAAGUUUUGCCAUUUGAAUGCCAAUGUGUGCGGCGCCCAGGAGAAGCACUUCACGUUGCGAAAACAGAACGGCCAGUGGUUGCGCUACACCAUCCAGGUGGGCGACGAAGCCAUCAUGGCUCCCCUGGCGUUUUUCCACACGGAACUGCUGAAUAUCACGGGCCGGACGAGAAGCGUGUGCAUCCAGCAGACUGUGCAGGAACAGUAUGACUGUGAAGAUUGCUUCAACGGGGAGUACUUGAAGGAGACGGGCCGGAAAAAUGGCGUUCGUGGUGGGGAUACUAGCUUGCUUGCGGGCCCGGGAUCUCUGCCAAGACCCCAGCUGCCUGUUACUGCGGACGACGAGGAGAUGCUUGUGGUGGAGCCCGACGAGAGCAACAGUAACUCCCAACAGCAGCAAGGACAGCCCCUCCAUUCCAACAGUUGCUACCUAAAUACUCAGGGACAAGUGCUGUCACUAGACCAGGCCGUGAUCCGGUCCAUCAACCGGUGCGCAAGCUUUGAGACCAAGCGCAAGAUGUUUGGUUCCAUUCUGCUCGUGGGCAGCAGCGCCAAGCUGCCCGGCCUGACCGCCUGGCUGGAGAGCCGCAUCAGCCAGCAGAUGCAGCCCACCGGGACCGAGGUGAAUGUUUUCACCAAGGGUAUGGAUGCCGGCAUGGUGGCCUGGAAGGGGGCGGCCAUCAUGUCCGUCCUGGAGAGCGCCCGCGAGCUGUGGAUAUCGCAGCACGACUGGCAGCGCUACGGAUUGCGCAUCCUCCGGGAACGAUCGCCCUUUCUUUGGUGAGUGACAGAGGCAAGAGGCGUUUCGAAUAUGAUUAGGGAAUUUUAAAUAGUAGCGGGAAUCGAAGAGUACAAUUAUGUAGGAACUUAGCCGUAACCAAAGCACAAUAAAGGCGCCGGACUACGGAGCGGUGUGUGACUUGCACCCAAAAUGA